AUGUCGAAAAGACCCCUUUCAGUAGACGAAUUUUUGAGAGAUGACGAGAUUGUGCCGAGAUUUGUCCCCAAGUCCAAGAAAGCAAAGGUAGAAGAUGGUGGUCUGGAAACAAUAGCAAAGCCUAGCGUGAACCGCAGCCACAAUAGCAAACCAGCACCUUUCAUCAAAAAGAGAACGCAGCAUCGAACCCUAGCGCCUGUACCUCCACCGCGAAGAAGUGAGCCCGAGAAGCCCAAACUGAAAAAGUUUCAAUUUGACUGGGACGCAAACGAGGACACAACGCAUGGUUUAACUCCACUAUUUGACGACGAUGACGAUGAGGAUAGUGAGGACAACGGUAAUGAGAGCAACGACCCUUUAGCGCGGGAAGCGCGGAGUGAACACUGGAGUAUGAAACAGGUAUCGGAGAUGGUUGAGCGAGAUUGGCGCAUAUUCAACGAAGAUUACGGCAUCACCACGCGUGGAAAGAGCAUCCCGCAUGCAAUACGGUACUGGAAUGAAAGCAAUUUGAACGACAAGAUCAUCGCUACUCUCGACAAUUUCGGGUUUGUUGAGCCGACACCUAUCCAGAGGGCAAGUAUACCGAUAGCCUUGCAACUGAGAGACGUUGUGGGCAUAGCUGAGACUGGUAGUGGUAAAACGUUGGCGUUCUUGUUGCCGCUAUUGAACUAUUUGCAGGCAGUAGAUGAAAACUACAUGCGGUUUGAAAAAAUCAAAAAUGAGCCAUUGGCGUUGAUCUUGGCUCCCACGCGGGAAUUAGCAUUGCAGAUCUCGCGAGAAGCGGAAAAGUUUGGCAAAGUGUUGGGUUUUAAUGUGAUGUCAAUCAUUGGUGGGAGACAGUAUUCGGAAACGCUCGAUGAAAUUGAGUCGAUGAGGGGGAGAGGCGUGCAUAUUGUAGUUGGUACCCCAGGUCGACUACUUGAUUCUAUAGAGCGAAAGAUGUUGAGUUUCGCCAAGUGCUACUAUCUCGUCAUGGAUGAAGCUGACCGGAUGAUUGAUAUGGGGUUUGAAAAAGACCUCAACAAGUUGCUUGAUCGAUUGCCAAAGAACGAAAAAUUGUCAAGUAGUAUUGACGGGAGAUUAUUCCAUCUUGGUAAGAGGUUGACGUUGAUGUAUACGGCCACUAUUUCUCCCCCAGUUGAAAAGAUUACCAAAACGUAUCUCGCCGAUCCUGCUUACGUCUACAUUGGCGGCGCUGGCGAGGCCUUGGACAAUAUUGAUCAAAAGUUUGAAUACCUUUCGUCGCUUACGGAAAGUUCCAGAUUAAGCAAGAUGUUGAAGAUUGUGCAGGAGCAGCAAAGGAAAAACAGACAAGCUUUGAUUAUUAUUUUUGCAAACUUCAAACAUGUUUGCGAUACGCUAUCGCAGGAGUUGGAGAACGAAGGGUUGUCCAAUGUGGUGAUACACGGCUCCAAGUCUCAAGAGAUGAGAGAAUAUGCGCUUGAGCAGUUUAAAAAGCACGAGGUGCCCAUCUUGAUCGCCACUGACGUUGCAGCGAGAGGUAUCGAUGUGCCGAAUGUGAGUCUUGUGAUUAAUUAUCAAAUGAGUCAAAAAUUUGAGGAAUACAUACACCGGAUUGGUAGAACCGGAAGAGCCGGCAACACGGGUGAGAGUUUUACUUUUCUCGAUGAUGACGAUCAGGGUGUAUUCAUGCCUUUGAAAAAGUUUUUGAAAAAGGGAGGUAAAAAAAUACCAGAGUGGCUAUACAGGUAUAACUCUGCUGCUUAG